UAUGUUACGGACAUCACUGUUGGUUAGGUGAAAGUAGUGAGAUGUCAGCCAUGUCCGCGAUGCAUAUGUGACCAUGCGGGCAGUGUGACGCAGUUCGAAUGCGUCGCGGGAGUGUGUAUAGCGUGAGCGAAGGCGUGGAGCGGUGCACUUGUGCCAGGUAGCGCGGGCGCGGGUGCGGGUGCCGGCAUGUGCGGGGAAUGGAGGGCGGAUGGUCUCCUUCUUCAGCGUCGCCGCCGCCGCCGCCCCGCGCCGCGCCCCGCUGCCGCUGCCGAUGCGCGCUUUCCACCAGCUACAACUGCCUGCCACACUAUGAUGGAUGGCCAGACCUUGAAGACGAGUCGACAGGUGGAGCCCUCCGAGAACGCGAACUCCGUUCACUUCAUCGCACCGUGCCUGCGCUACGGAGAAGGGAACUCGACACACGUGCCAUCAAACACCACUUCUACCCGGAAGGAGGAUGGGGGUGGAUCGUGUGUGGAGCAGCUUUCUUGGCUCAUUUGCUGUCGACUGGACUUCAGUUAGCGUAUGGAGCGCUGCACGUCUACGCUUUACGUCACCUGGGACCAGCUGCUGACCACGCAGUUUGGGCAGGUGCGCUCUGCGUAGGAGUGUCACGUGCCGCCGGAGCCAUAGUUACCGCUCGUCGAAGGUCACCACGGUUGGCAGCACUGCUGGGCGGAAUUUUGCUUCCAUUGGCCUGUCUCUUCACGUCAUUCGCCACGCAGCUCCAUCAAACACUUUUAAGUUACGGUAUAGUGUUAGGUAUCGGAUGUGGCUUAGUCCGGGAAGCGGCAGGCCUAGUACUGGGGACAUACUUCAGAAAACGAAGGCAGUUUGUAGAAUUGGUGGCUCACGCAGGGGGGGGAGUGGGCAUUGCUCUAUUCAGCGUCGCCUAUAAGGAGGCUGUUGGUAAACUAGGCUGGAGGCUAGGUCUACAGGCAAUCACAGGAUUCCUAAUAUUAGCCUUCUUCCUGAGUGCUGUGUACCGAAGUGCUUCACUCUAUCAUCCGCAACGAAGGGCCAUUAUGCAUCUCAAAAACCAACGGAAAAAGGUUAGAUAUUUCUAA